UGUCAAUCAUGUCUGAUGGGCAAGCACAAGCAUUUCCCUUUCCCAUCCCAGGCUCAUCACCAUGCCACUUAUAUUGCAGAACUUAUACACACAGAUGUCUGGGGACCUAUUGACACUGCCACUGCAUCCAGGGAGACAUACUUUGUUGCCUUCACUGAUGACUUCUCU